CUUCAUUACUCCUUUUAACACUGCUGUGUAUCUGUGACUGUAGCUUCUUGCUUCAAGCAGUCCGCACAGAUUUCCGUGAACAAGCUGUUUGUGUCCUUUUCAAAGUAAUCCCAAAAAGAUGUGUGACCAGACUUUUUUGGCCAUCUGCUUUGGCCCUUGUGACAAAUGUGGGAAGACAAAACCACUGAUGAACAUCUAUAUAAAAACAGAUCCGAUAAACUACUGUUCGCUAUGUGUGGAAAUGAUGGCGACCGAGGGUCUGCAGGAGAACGAAACGUUGGCAUCCCUGAAGAAUGAGUCAGAGAGCCUAAAAAAUAAGCUUGAAGAGGAGCGGGCCAAGCUGCACGACGUAGAACUACACCAAGUGGCUGACAGGGUGGAAGCUCUAGGUCAAUUUGUAAUGAAAACGAGGAGAACUCUAAAAGGGCAUGGAAACAAAGUCCUCUGUAUGGAUUGGUGUAAAGACAAAAGGAGGAUUGUUAGCUCAUCGCAGGAUGGAAAAGUUAUUGUAUGGGAUGCCUUCACAACUAACAAGGAACAUGCUGUUACAAUGCCGUGCACUUGGGUAAUGGCAUGUGCCUAUGCCCCCUCUGGCUGUGCGGUUGCAUGUGGAGGCUUGGACAACAAAUGUUCUGUUUACCCUUUGACCUUUGAUAAGAAUGAGAAUAUGGCUGCAAAGAAGAAAUCUGUGGCAAUGCAUACAAACUAUUUAUCAGCCUGCAGUUUCACAAAUUCUGAUAUGCAGAUUCUGACUGCCAGUGGGGAUGGUACAUGUGCUUUGUGGGAUGUGGAGAGUGGACAGCUCCUCCAAAGUUUCCAUGGCCAUGCUGCUGAUGUUCUUUGUCUUGAUCUUGCACCUUCUGAAACAGGAAACACAUUUGUCUCUGGAGGAUGUGACAAGAAGGCAAUGGUAUGGGACAUGCGAUCUGGGCAGUGUAUCCAGUCCUUUGAAACUCAUGAAUCAGACAUUAACAGUGUCAGGUAUUACCCAAGUGGAGAUGCAUUUGCUUCUGGUUCUGAUGAUGCCAGUUGCAGGCUUUAUGACCUUCGUGCUGACAGAGAAGUUGCAAUAUACUCUAAAGAAAGCAUAAUUUUUGGUGCUUCUAGUGUGGAUUUCUCUCUUAGUGGUCGUUUACUUUUUGCUGGCUAUAAUGACUACACAAUCAAUGUCUGGGAUGUUUUGAAGGGGACAAGAGUCUCUAUUUUAUUUGGCCACGAGAAUCGUGUUAGUACAUUGCGAGUUUCACCUGAUGGCACAGCUUUUUGUUCUGGGUCAUGGGAUCAUACAUUAAGGAUUUGGGCCUAAGUGUACAUGCAAUGGAAAACCAGACAUGUUUUAUUAACCUACAUGUUUCUGUAUUUAUAUUUUAUUUAUUAUAACACCAGUUGAUUUUCUCUUUGGUAACAAAAUACAAAGAAAGAAAAUAGACAUCAGCAGUUUUAUUUAUUUUGGAUAUUUAUUUAAUCCAAUACCAAGUGCAAACAACUCUCCAAAUGAAGCUGUACUUUCCCUACUUUUCUAAACAGUCCAUCUUCUAUUUGGUUUGAAAAUCAUCAGUCUCAUUUUUAAUUACUUUUUAUUUCAUUAAACUGCUUGUUUAUGUCGUUAGUGAUAGUGAACAGUUAAUUUAAUCAAGCACAUGAACUUAUGUUUUUUGUUAUUUCUAAAUAGAGGUCAGUGUUCAGUUCUGUAAAGACAGAUAACUAGUACAUAGAAAACUAAAAGCAGAAAGAUUCACUUUUAAAGUCUUUAUUCAAGUUUCAUUCUUCAAGCAUUGGAUUUAUUAUGAUAUUAAAUUCUGAGUUCUUAUCUUUCACAAUUUAAUGUGUAAUACACUAAAUAUGUCUGGUUUUAAUAAUGCUAGACGUAUCUACUGGCAGGUUAAUAUCUCUAUACAGUAACUCAAAUCAGUGAACAAAACAGAUUAGGAUUAGUCAACAAUGUGUACAUCCUGAGCAAUCUGGAAAAAAGUGACAGAAUAUAGAAAAAUGCUUAUGAUUAAUGUCUGCUGAAUUUUAGGUUUUCGUGACAUUACUAGCUUCUCUUUACUACAGUAUAUCUCGGAUGUUAGUAAUUAAAGUGUACACGAUAGUGAUAAAUAUUAGUAAAUAAACAUUACCAGUAAUGCAGCAGUGUGCAUCACAUCAUUUCUUAAAAUUAUUCAGAAAUUAAGGACAGCUUCAGUAUUCAUUGAACUCUGAAACUGUGAACUCCUAAAUGCCUCAGUCAAGUAAAUAUUUAUUGAAAUGUAAUAUACAACUUGUUGUACAUUUUUGCUUUUUUUAUUUUUCAAUAAAUAACUCCAUGAGCCCAUGUUAGCAUGAGCAGGAUCGAAGUUCCAUUCUUAUGAAAUGUCAUUUCCCUGUAACUGGUAUUUUAUUUUUCUAUGUACAAGAUUUAGAAAUCUACUUAACAGAAAUUACCUCUUUCGGCUUGUGGUCCUAUAAUACUCAUUUACAAAAAAUCAGUAUGAAUGGGGAAUUAAAAGAGCACAAGCCUGGUAAAUAACUUUAAUUUAUAUAUAUAUAUAUAUAUAUAUAUAUAUAUAUAUAUAUAUAUAUAUAUAUAUAUAUAUAUAUAUAUAAACAUAAACUAAAAGGCAUUGUUGCCAUACAUAUUGUGUCACGAAUACCUCAUUGCACCUUUUUGUGCAGUAAAUUGAGGAAAGAAGAACUGGAUUGUUAAUCAUAAGCACGUGUUACUGAGCAGAGCGCUAUAUAAGAAUAAACUAAACUGAAUAAUGAGCAAUAUGUUGUUAUCAUCAGGGCACAUUUGUUUGUUAUGUCUUAUUUAUUUUAUAUGGUAUAGUUAUAGUGUUAUAGAUACUUGAUUAAAAAUGCAUCACAGGGUUGAAUGUUAAAAAUAAUAGUGAUAUUUCCAAUUUGCAUAAAGGGCCAGCUUACAAAUAGAAAUACUGUGAUGCUGCUGAAGAUAUUAACAUUGAUUAGGAUCAAGAUAAGUAAUAGGCAUUACAACUUUAUAGAGCAUUUGUCAUAUACGUAAAUAUUAGUCAGGUUGAGCAAUUAUUGAUCUAAAGUAACUAAAGGGACCAAACUCAUUGAACUGUCUAAUCACAUUUAACAGGGUAUUGUUCUUCAGUUUACUAAAUAAAAGCAUCAUUAGGAACAUAUGAUGAUAAUUUCAUGCAAACAAGACUGUUUCAUAUGUUUCUUUUGUGAGUGGCAAACAUCUGAUAUUCUAGAAAUUGCAUUAUACCAAAUGAAAAUACAGUGUGGAUGCACAGAUUCAUUGGUAUGGUGCCUAAAACAGACUCAUGUGCUGGCACAAAGCAUUUUCUGCUUACAUUUGACUCUCGGCACACUUCCCAAACAAAAUCCUGGAAUGCUCUCACUAGUUUAAAUAAAUAAGAAAAUAUUUCUUAAGUUAUAAAGGAGAUAAAUAUUUUUCUUUUAAAAUAUUGUAAACUUUUACCUAAUUUCUUUGUGGUUUGUAAAAUAAACAUACCAAUGGCUUUUAAUCAGAAUGUUCUAUAUUAUUGCAUUCUUUAAAAAUAUUUUUUUAAAUAAAAAAAAAAAAAUUGAAUUUUCUUUUCCAUUACCUCCCAGAUGGCCAGUUACCCUGUAAAAAGAAAGAAGAGUUUCUCCAUAAGUCUGCAAGUCCCUGUUGCAUUAUUGCUUACACGUACAAGCAUAUCUCUUACCUGUGUGGAUGAUACGGUUCAAGUAGGCUUUUUGAGCUAUAGAUUCAUAGAAUAUUAAUUGAAUAUUUCACAUAGUAUACAAUGUGCAGUACUGUGAUAAUAAAUAACAUAAAAAUGGUUGUAGUUAAAAUGUAAUGCACUUAUUGUUCUAUUUAUUGUAAUGUUGUUCUGUUUUGUUUUAUUUAUAUAUCAACAUAUGUAUAUCCAUGAUCACCAAAUUACAAUAAAUAUUAUUUUAAAUAUUGUUAAA